AUGAAAGGAGCAAGUGGCAGGGGAAGGAAUUUUGUGGUUGAAAACAGAGAACUUAUCCAGGAAAUACAGAGUAUUCUCGGGGAGGAAAUAAAAGAAAUUAGAAAACUUCAAGAGCAAACUAACAAUGAGGUCAAAGAAAUAAAAAAAAUUAUGGUGGUUAACAAACUCAGCCAGUUGGUAGAUAACUAUGACAAAAUUGCCAAAAUAAAACAAAAAAAACUAGAAAAAGAUAUUAAAGUCAAACCCAAAAAGGAAAUAGAAGCCAAGCGCGGCGGGGUCUACUUAAUUCGUUUUGACCCGUUGAAAAAAGGCAAAUUUAAAAGGGUUGUCAAGGAUACCGAAAUUAAAGACCCGCACCCUGCUGUGGUAAUUUCUAACGACAUCCAAAACCGAAAAAGCAGCCGAAUUACUGUGGUUCCGCCAACUCACACUCUUAAACCUUUUUAUGAGAGUUGGGAAGUUUACUCCAAUUUUAACCAGCAAAGGGGGAAAAUUAUGUGCGACCAAGUAAAAAAUAUUGACAAAAAGCGAAUAAUAAAAUAUGUGGGUACUCUUGACCCAAAAACUAUGAAAGAAGCGGAAAGAAAGAUUUUGGAAGGAUUAGAAUUAAUUAAGGCAAUUUCAAGCGAACAAUUACUUAUGGAAUUAGCCCGGAGGAUAAAAAACAAAGAAAUUGAUUGA